AGUCUUGGGAGGUCGAGGAAGAACCUGGAGGGUGAACUGGGAGCUGGUGUCCAUCUUAUUUACACCGGUGAGAUUGCUCAAUUUUUGAUCUGUCGGAUUUUUUAAGGAGUAUACAAGUUGAAAGCCCGGUCUUCAGAGAUGAGCAGUUCAGAGGAAGUGUCAUGGAUCUCCUGGUUCUGUGGACUAAGGGGAAACGAGUUUUUCUGUGAGGUGGAUGAAGACUACAUCCAGGACAAAUUCAACCUGACGGGGCUCAAUGAGCAGGUUCCCCACUACCGCCAGGCCCUAGACAUGAUCCUGGACCUUGAACCAGAUGAGGAGCUGGAGGACAAUCCCAACCAGAGCGAUCUGAUCGAGCAGGCGGCUGAGAUGCUGUACGGCCUCAUCCACGCACGUUACAUCCUCACCAACCGAGGCAUCGCACAGAUGCUGGAGAAGUACCAGCAGGGAGAUUUUGGAUACUGCCCACGUGUCUAUUGUGAGAAUCAGCCUAUGCUUCCUAUCGGUCUGUCAGAUAUCCCCGGAGAGGCCAUGGUGAAGCUGUACUGUCCCAAAUGUAUGGACGUCUACACACCAAAGUCCUCCAGGCACCACCACACAGAUGGAGCAUAUUUUGGCACUGGGUUCCCCCACAUGCUCUUCAUGGUUCACCCUGAGUACAGGCCCAAGAGGCCCGCCAACCAGUUUGUCCCCAGGCUGUACGGGUUCAAGAUCCACCCCAUGGCCUACCAGCUGCAGCUGCAAGCCGCCUCCAGCUUCAAGAGCCCCGUCAAGGCCAUCCGCUAGACAGCCUGGACAAAGAUGGAGAAAGAGGAGGAGGAAGAUUUGUAGAGAGGGAGAGACAGGAAAGAAUUAUCAGAAGGGGAGGGGUCGUCUGCAUUAAACAAAGCGUUGCAGGUGCCCCCUCCCCACCCUGAAGACUGUAUUAUUUUUGGUUUAGGUUAGGGCAAAUGAAAAAGUGUAAAGAUUUUCAAGUGUGAGCGAGGAAUAAAAACGCACAGCCAUGAUCGUAAUCACACACACACACACACACACACACACACACACACACACACACACACACACACACACACUACGUGCAUCCACACACUUGGGAUUCCAUACACGUACCUUACCAAACUCAUCAGUGCCAAAAACAGGAGGGUGGGGUAAGAGGAGGCUGAUCAUAAAGGAAGGGGCUUCUAUAAUCAGUGGGUGGCACUGCUGGGAAGAUUUCCCCAUAGACAAGGACUGUUACAGAAACAUGAAGAAAAGAGCAACAGCUGAGUCAGCGUUCACCUCUGGCUCUGCAUUUGGCACAGUUUGGUAACGGGUGGUGGUAAACCCUCCCCUCCCUAUUAGCCCCCGAUUGCAUGUACACUCAGGCUGGCACUCGCAUAGACAGUUUGGACGGUGGGUGUUUUUCUGUAUCACUCGUUUGGGACAAUUUGGUUUGUCUGAUGUUUUGUGAUGUUGGCGCACAAAACUUUCUGUUCAAUUUGCCUUAAGAUUCAGAGAAAAUACCCAGAUGUUUCUGUAGUUUUUUUGUUUUUCUUACAAGAGGCACAGGCAAAAUGUUUCUUCUUUCUGCUGUUAGAGGAGGUGAAGUAGAAACUCAUUAAAUUAACAUGAAUUUCCAAAUCGUUCAGACAAUUGUAAUUAGCAUGUGUCGAUUCUCCAGCUGUCUGUGCGUGUGUCAAACAACUGUCUGUAUCGCUACCGAAGUGAAACAUAUAACCUGUGCUACAAUCUGAGACUUGUCCCCUCCUGCAGCAGCUGCGUUUGUAUCGUCAUCCCUCAUAGCUUCAUCUCCCUUAAAGAAGAGUUUAACAUUGUGGGAAAUACACAUAUUUCUUAUGGCAGAGAGUAGAUUUGGAAGACUUUUACCAAUAAUUUAAAGGGGAGCAUAUCUAUAAUUGAAACAGGAUGAAUAUUAUAUUUAUAUAAUGUAUUCAUACCCCAGCUCAAUACCCUCUUAUAUGCCCUCAAAUGUGGAGGAAUUGUCUUGACUUUAGAUUUUUAACCAUUCAAACUGCGUUUAAACAUCAGUUUUCAAUGACUCUUCUGCAAUUUGUACUGUGAAUAUAAUUUAAAUUAAAUGGACUUAUAUGAUAUAUAGGAUGAUCUCAUGUGAAGCUAUCGCUAGUAGCAUUAGCUUAACAAAUGCUAAUGGUAAAACGGCUAGCACUAUUCCUUUUAGGUUAGUCCACCUAACAGCUCAUCUAAAGCUUACUAGUUUACAAGUAGGAUAUUGUUUGUUAUUAAGUACAAAAAAACAUUUCUAAAAGUUUUCGUUACAGUGUAACUGUCGGCUGUUGCAACCCUUUGCAGUUGCUUUUGUACGCAUAACAAGAAACUUUCUCGAGAUAAUGACUUAGUAUCUCAUAAAUAUCAAUAAUUUAAUGAAAUAAAUGUCACAUGACAUUUCAGUUUUGGGAUAGAAAGUCAUUAUUUUGUUAGUUUGUCAAAGACUUAAAGGAACUUUAUUUUCAACAAGGUUCAACUUGUUUUUCUUCGACUGGCAGGAAGCUACUGCAAUGUGUUUAUUAUUGAGCUUAAGAGGUGUUGAUGGGCGAAUUUAACCGACAUUGGACACACAGCUUUUUAUGCUAAAUCAGGCUAACCGGCCUCUGGUUGUUGUUCACAUUUAAAGUACAAUGGUAUCUGUCCUUUUACUCUCUGCCUGAAAUGAAUAUUUUCCCAAAAUGUCAAACUAUCCCUGUGAUGAUCCAGUGGGAGACAGAGAAAGAGGAAUUUAGACUAUCUGAAUCCUUGGGCUCACUCCACCACUCCACAGCACAGUCUCAUUAUUUAUGUUCAGGUUCAGAGACAGACCGACCACCAGCCGCUUUUUUUUUGUUUUGUUUCUGGAGCAGUGGGGCAGACACUUAGUCACCCUUACUUCAAUCCCUCCCCUCUUUACUUAGUGUGACUGCAAUAGAUUGUUUUUGGAUUUCAUAGUACAAGAGAAACGGUAUUUAUGUGUCCAGAUUUUAACUGAUGUUUAUCCGUGUUGUCUUUCUGCUACUGUGGAAGGGUGAGCAGGAUUCAGGAUUCUCAAUAAACUUCUAUUUUCUUUUCAUA